GGCGUUGCGGCGAGUGCAGGUUCCCUUCUAUGGUCGCCUCAUCUCAUGCUCUUAGUGUUUCCUGUGCAUCGUGCAACAGCUCAAAAGAAAUCGUGGACCUUCCCGACUUCUCGCACACCAACAAACCUCACAAGCUACUUGGCAGCUACGGUGCCUCGCCUCCAUUCAACUACUGGUACUGUACCCAACAACAGACACCAUGUCUGCCUUCAACCUCCUGCUGAUUCUCCUCUUUUUGGUCCACCUCGUCGCUUCCGACUCUGACCAUUGCUACCUCCCGAAUGGCCAGCUGGCCGAGUCUGCCGCAAGUUGCUGGGACCCGGCCGUUGGGCCUACAGGCUUGUGCUGCCGGCAGGGCGACUUGUGUCUGAACAACAGUCUGUGCCAACAUGGAUCCGGCGCGCUGUAUCGGGGCUUCUGCCUCGAUUCGACCUGGUCGAGCCCGGGGUGCCCGAACUUCUGUGUCCAACCUGGACAGCAAAACGAUUCACAGCCGGUUGUUCGGUGCAAAGAUGUCGAUCGGUGGUAUUGCGCGCCGGGCGGGCUCUCGAACGAGCAUCUCUGCGAAGUUGUCGAUGACAAGGUCGAUGGACUCUUCGUCGUGGCCGAUAAUUUCAGCGUAUAUGCCACUGCAGGAACACAACCCAAUCCAUUGUUUUUAAGGGAUUCGGCGGAGGGGAAUCCGCAUACGACGGACCCGGUCACAUCAGAGGAUUCCCCCACGGCAAAAGACACACCCACGGCGAAGGACUCUCCUACGGCAAAAGAUUCUCCCACGCCGAAAGACUCCCCCACCGCGAAAGACUCUCCCACAGCCAAGGAUGCCCCCACGGCGAAGGACUCUACCGAGGAUCAUAGACCCGCAAGCACGUCUCCUCCCAGUGUCACACAAACCCCUUCUGUCAGUCUACCCACAGGCGUCUAUAUUUCGAUUCCAACGCAAUCCUCGCCGGGACCAGUUUCUACCGACGCCUCAAUUACUAGCAUCGACGUGCCGAAAUCCAAACAUAGUUCUUCCGGACCAGGGGGCGUCUCCAUAUCGAUUCCAACGCAGUCCUCGCCGGAAGCUCAUACCACAGACACGGCAACUCUCCCGACGCCAGCAACAAGAUCGGAUUCGGACGUGGCCGGACAGAGCUCACCGACAGCGACAGCUUCCGAGGCUGUGCCAGGCACCGAGUCUCCAACGGCAGCGGAUUCUAAAACCUCCCCGGACGACGGCAAAGCCAGCUUGGCAGUCCCCAUCGGCGUCGGGGUCGGGAUUGGCACGUCGGUCGUAGUCGCCGCCAGCGUCUUCGGCUUCUUCUACAUGCGCAAACGACGGCGCCAGGCACCCGUCAGAGCGGAGACGCCGCCGCCGUUCGAGUUUCCGCUGGUGAACGACCAGGGCCGCGGUUGGCCGGGGCCGCCUUACGGCACGAGGCUGCCGCCGAUGCGUACGUGUAACACCUACGUGCCGGAGCUUGGAGGCUGUGCACGGUAUGAGCUGUCGUAAGGGUGGACGGAUGGGAGAGGAGGAUAAUGGACAGAGCUCGAUGCGUUCUGUUAGCCCUUUGCUCCAUUCGUUCAAAUUCAACAAGCUGUUUCGUUGUAUGGUUUGAAUGCAGGUGACUAUUCCCCGCAGAUGAGUAGAAUCACAAAACCUGAUCGAUGUCCUGCAUCGAAUAAGCCUUUACCCAUGGCCGGGAAGGGCCAACACAGGAUCCAAUUUCAAGGGUCG